UUUCCUUUUAUGCCACCGGUGGCAGCCAUCUUGCGUUAACAGAACAGGUCGUACUCCAGCAACUUACGUUCUUGACAUAUUCGAUUGUGAGAACAAUUUUUUUUUUCGACUGGUGUCACUGUAGGAACUUAUUGGCUUCAAGCCAUGUCUACGGUUCUACCGAUACGCUUUCAGGAGCAUGUUCAGCUCCAGAGUGUUGGCAUCAAUGCCGCCAACAUUGGUUUCAGCACUCUCACCAUGGAGUCUGACAAAUUCAUUUGUGUCAGAGAAAAAGUUGGUGAGACAGCCCAAGUUGUCAUCAUUGAUAUGAAUGACCCUACCAACCCUAUCAGAAGACAAAUUUCAGCUGACUCAGCUAUUAUGAAUCCUACAAGCAAAGUCAUUGCAUUAAAAGCUGGCAAAACCCUUCAGAUUUUCAACAUUGAAAUGAAAAGCAAAAUGAAGGCACACACAAUGACAGAUGAUGUCAUAUUCUGGAAAUGGAUAUCUGUCAACAUGAUUGGUCUAGUAACAGAAACAGCCGUUUACCACUGGGCAAUGGAAGGAGACUCCCAGCCUCAGAAAGUGUUUGAAAGACACACUAAUCUUAAUGGGUGUCAGAUUAUUAAUUACAGAACAGAUGCUGCCCAGCAGUGGCUCUUGCUAGUGGGAAUAUCAGCUCAACAAAAUCGUGUAGUGGGAGCAAUGCAGUUGUACUCUGUAGAGAGAAAAGUCAGCCAACCAAUUGAAGGGCAUGCUGCAUCAUUUGCCUCUUUUAAAGCAGAUGGAAAUCCACAUCCUUCUACUUUAUUUAUCUUUGCUGUCAGGGGUGCUCAAGGAGGCAAGCUUCAUCUGAUUGAAGUUGGAACUCCACCAGCUGGAAAUCAACCAUUUACUAAAAAAGCUGUGGAUGUAUUCUUCCCUGUUGAGGCUCAAAAUGACUUUCCUGUUGCCAUGCAGACCAGUAAUAAGCAUGGAGUAGUAUUUCUGGUGACCAAAUAUGGAUAUAUCCAUAUGUAUGACAUUGAGACAGGCACUUGCAUUUACAUGAACAGAAUCAGUGCAGACACAAUAUUUGUGACAGCUCCCCAUGAAGCUACUGAUGGCAUCAUCGGCGUCAACAGAAAAGGACAAGUUUUGUCAGUUAGUGUGGAAGAAGAGAACAUAGUGCAGUACAUAAACAGCCAGCUCCAAAACCCAGACUUGGCUUUAAAGAUUUCAUCUCGCUGUAACUUGCCUGGUGCUGAGGACUUGUUUGUUACAAAGUUCAACAAUCUUUUCCAGGCUGGAAACUACCAGGAAGCAGCCAAAGUGGCAGCCAGUGCACCAAAAGGCAUAUUGCGAACUCCUCAAACAAUUCAGAGGUUUCAGCAAGUCCCUACAAUUCAAGGCACCACUUCACCAUUAUUACAGUACUUUGGUAUACUUCUAGAUAAAGGCCAACUUAACAAGUAUGAAUCCUUGGAACUGUGUAGACCAGUUUUGCAACAAGGUCGCAAGCAGCUUGUGGAAAAAUGGUUGAAAGAGGAAAAGCUUGAAUGCAGUGAAGAGCUAGGUGACAUUGUGAAAACUGCUGAUCCUACUUUAGCCUUGUCUGUGUAUUUAAGAGCUAAUGUGCCACAAAAAGUAAUCCAAUGUUUUGCUGAGACAGGCCAAUUUCAAAAGAUCAUCCUCUACUCUAAGAAAGUGGGCUUCACACCAGACUACAUUUUCUUGCUUAGGAACCUAAUGCGCAUCAACCCUGAACAAGGUCUUCAAUUUGCUCAAAUGUUGGUUCAGGAUGAUGAGCCCUUGGCUGAUGUCAAUCAGAUUGUAGAUGUCUUUAUGGAAUUUAACCUGAUACAACAGUGCACAUCUUUCCUUCUGGAUGCUCUUAAAAACAAUAGACCUGCAGAAGGACCAUUACAGACCAGAUUGCUGGAGAUGAACCUUUUGUCUGCUCCUCAGGUAGCUGAUGCUAUCCUUGGAAAUCAGAUGUUCACUCAUUAUGACCGUGCCCAUAUCGCACAACUUUGUGAAAAAGCUGGCUUAUUACAAAGAGCAUUAGAACAUUACACAGACCUCUAUGAUGUGAAGAGAGCAGUGGUACACACACAUUUGCUCAAUCCAGAGUGGCUUGUGACUUACUUUGGUACACUUUCUGUGGAUGAUUCAUUGGAGUGCCUGAAAGCAAUGCUUACUGCCAACAUUCGUCAAAACUUACAAGUGUGUGUCCAGAUAGCCUCCAAGUACCAUGAGCAGCUGACCACAGAAAGUUUGAUAGAAUUGUUUGAGUCCUUUAAGAGUUAUGAAGGCCUGUUCUACUUUUUGGGAUCCAUUGUAAACUUUAGCCAAGACAGUGAAGUCCACUUUAAAUAUAUCCAGGCAGCCUGUAAAACUGGACAGAUUAAAGAAGUAGAAAGAAUUUGUAGAGAAAGCAACUGCUAUGAUCCAGAAAGAGUGAAAAACUUUUUGAAGGAAGCCAAAUUGACUGACCAGCUACCUCUCAUCAUUGUUUGUGACAGAUUUGACUUUGUACAUGAUCUAGUUCUGUAUCUUUACAGGAACAACCUACAGAAAUACAUUGAGAUAUAUGUUCAGAAAGUCAAUCCAUCACGUCUGCCUGUUGUAGUUGGUGGUCUGUUAGAUGUUGACUGUACAGAAGAUAUUAUCAAGCAGCUUAUUUUAGUUGUGAGAGGACAGUUCUCAACUGAUGAACUAGUCGAGGAAGUAGAGAAAAGAAAUAGGUUGAAAUUGUUGCUUCCAUGGCUGGAAACUCGAGUUCUUGAAGGUGUUAAUGAAGCUGCCACACACAAUGCCCUGGCGAAGAUUUACAUUGACAGCAACAACAAUCCUGAGAGAUUCUUAAGAGAAAAUCAAUACUAUGAUAGUCGCACAGUUGGAAAGUAUUGUGAAAAACGUGAUCCUCAUUUGGCAUGUGUGGCCUAUGAGAGAGGGCUUUGUGAUGAAGAGCUUAUCAAAGUAUGCAAUGAAAAUUCAUUAUUUAAAAGUGAGGCUCGCUACCUGGUUCGUAGAAGAGACCCUGACCUGUGGGCAACUGUACUCAGUGAGGAAAAUGAAUUCAAACGCCAACUGAUUGAUCAGGUUGUGCAGACUGCUCUGUCAGAGACCCAAGAUCCUGAGGAGAUCUCUGUAGCUGUUAAAGCUUUCAUGACUGCAGAUUUACCCAAUGAACUCAUAGAGCUGUUGGAGAAGAUUGUUCUGGAAACAUCGGUCUUCAGCGAUCACAGAAACUUGCAGAACUUGCUGAUUUUGACAGCUAUUAAGGCAGAUCGAACAAGGGUUAUGGAAUACAUCAACAGACUAGACAAUUAUGAUGCCCCAGAUAUUGCAAACAUUGCCAUUAGCAAUGAGCUAUAUGAAGAAGCAUUUGCUAUUUUCAAAAAGUUUGAAGUGAAUACUUCAGCCAUUCAGGUACUCAUUGACAAUGUGAAUAACUUGGACAGAGCUUAUGAGUUUGCAGAGAGGUGCAAUGACCCUGCUGUAUGGAGCCAAUUGGCCCGAGCUCAGUUGAACCAAGGUCUUGUGAAAGAAGCCAUUGACUCUUACUUUAAGGCUGAUGAUCCUUCUCAGUACAUGGAGGUUGUAGCUGUUGCCAGCAAAAAUGAUAAUUGGGAAGACUUGGUGAAAUUCUUACAAAUGGCCAGGAAGAAAGCCAGAGAAACCUUUGUGGAGACAGAAUUAGUUUAUGCUUAUGCAAAAACCAACAGACUUGCCGACAUGGAAGAGUUUAUUUCAGGACCUAACCAUGCUAACAUUACUCAGGUGGCUGAUCGAUGCUUUGACAACAAAAUGUAUGAAGCUGCUAAACUGUUGUAUAACAAUGUUUCCAACUACGCAAGACUGGCUAUUACCCUUGUCCACCUUGGGGAAUACCAGGGAGCUGUUGAUGGAGCUCGAAAAGCCAACAGUACCAAGACCUGGAAAGAAGUAUGUUUUGCCUGUGUUGAUAAUGGUGAAUUCAGACUGGCUCAGAUGUGCGGCCUUCACAUUGUUGUCCAUGCUGAUGAAUUGGAAGAACUCAUUAACUAUUACCAAGACAGGGGAUAUUUUGAGGAAUUAAUACAGCUGCUAGAAGCUGCUUUAGGUCUAGAACGUGCACACAUGGGAAUGUUCACUGAACUGGCUAUUUUGUACUCUAAAUAUAAACCUGAAAAGAUGAGAGAACACCUUGAGCUCUUCUGGUCCAGAGUAAACAUUCCAAAGGUUUUACGUGCCGCUGAACAAGCUCAUUUGUGGCCAGAAUUGGUCUUUUUGUACGACAAGUAUGAUGAAUUUGAUAAUGCAAUCCUAACCAUCAUGGCCCAUCCUACUGAAGCUUGGAGAGAACCACAGUUCAAAGAUAUCAUUACAAAGGUAGCCAACAUUGAACUGUACUACAAAGCCAUUCAAUUUUAUUUGGAUUUUAAACCCAUGCUGCUCAAUGACCUCCUUUUGGUCCUGACACCUAGGCUAGACCACACACGGGCUGUGAACUUCUUUCAAAAGACCAACCAAAUUCCAUUGGUCAAGCCAUAUCUGCGAUCAGUGCAGAAAAACAACAACAAGGCUAUCAAUGAAGCCAUCAACAAUCUGUUUAUUGAAGAGGAAGACUAUCAAGGUCUGCGUACAUCAAUUGAUGCCUAUGACAACUUUGACAACAUUGCCCUUGCUCAGCGCCUUGAGAAACAUGAGCUCAUUGAGUUCCGGCGCAUCGCAGCAUAUUUGUACAAAGGCAACAACAGGUGGAAGCAGAGUGUGGAUUUAUGCAAAAAGGAUAAAUUGUUCAAGGAUGCUAUGAGCUAUGCUGGUGAAUCAAGACAGAUUGAAAUAGCCGAAGACUUAAUCUCCUGGUUCUUGGAGAGCAAUAACCAUGAAUGUUUUGCAGCAUGUCUAUUCCAGUGUUAUGAUUUGUUACGUCCUGAUGUGAUCCUUGAGCUGGCCUGGAGGCAUAACAUAAUGGACUUUGCAAUGCCAUACAUGAUUCAAGUCAUGAGAGAAUAUACCACUAAGGUUGACAAAUUAGAGCAGUCAGAGUCAGUGAGAAGUGAAGAAGAACAGAAAGCAGAAGAAAGACCAAUUGUUUUAAAUGAGCCUCAGUUGAUGUUGACAGCUGGCCCAAUGGGAAUGCCCCCUGCAGGUUAUGGCUACAUGCCCACAAUGCCUGGUGCCCCCAUGCCUGGCUAUGGUUACAGCAUGUAACAUAGUGUUACAUUUAGUCACUGUAUAGUCUAUAUUACAUUCAUCUACUGUGUUUUCACUGUCAUCUGGAGAUUCCCUCCUGUGACUUAGUCGGUGUCUAGUGGUCAGAUAAGGUUAGACAAAAAGUUAUGUUCUUUACUGAUGUUAUUUAAAUGUUGUCAAAUUGGAAUAGUAGCUGCUGUUUGCAGGCCUAUAAAGGAACAACUCUUCAAUAAAUUAUUUGGUUGUGUAUUAACAUUAGAUUACUUAUAUCUAAGACAAAGAAAAUCAUCAAUAGUUGACAGGUGGAUAUUUUACUAGUAUAGAAACAUUUGUUUUCUUACAAGAAAAAAUAGAGGGUGGGUGUAAUAAUUAUUAAAGAAACUAACCCCCAAAAAAUCAAAGUAUUGUUUGUAAUUGAAACUCAUGUACAACCCAAGUAAUUUGUUUUUAUUUUGCUUCACACCAGCCAAUGUAUAGUGUCUUUAUAUCAACUUGGAUCAAGUUUUCUUUAGUUUUACAUACAGUUUUGUUUUCUAAAUGCAGUGUAUCUGGAUUGAAACAGCUGUGCAGUCAGAUGAUAUCAAUGCACAUUCAACAUUUGUUUUUUGUUGUUUUUUUUCAGCUGUUGCUUUAUCUAGUUGUUUUUGGUCUGAGAUGUAUCCUAUGAAUCAAUGUUGAAAUUCCUUUGUCACUAUCAGACAUGGAGGGAAGGUGGUUUGAGUGAUUCAACUCCAUAGUUGCUAUCUGUCACUUUGUCUGCUUCAGUGAUUUGAUUGUUUAUCCCUGCAGGAUACUAACUGGUGGGUGUACUUGCUGGAGACAUUCUUGUGAUGAUACUGUAGUUAGCAAUAUUCUAUGUACUCUGGUGAACUAGGUAUUCUACAUAUUUAUACUGAGACAAAUAUUUUUGUGAUGAACCAGUUAAUCUAGCCUCUUCAUAUCCUUGUCAAGUUUUUUGGGUUCUUUUCCUCCUAUUUGUGUGUCAUGUUCACUAGAUACAUAGAGUGAGCCUACUUUGGUAGCAACUUGUGUAGCUCUGCUGUGGUUAUUGUUGUUUCAUUGUUGUUGAACACUUGUAGCUUAGACUUAGCAUGGAUUCUAUUUAAUGACUUUUUUUUUCUGGGAGAAAUGUGAAUGGGCACAAAUGUCACACUCUUUGAUUUGAUAUAUUGUUUUAGAUAUUUUUGGAUUCUUGUUUGGGAGAUAUGUGCAGUGUAGUGGCACUUGUCUCAAUGAUUGCAGCACACACAGUUGAACACAAAUCAUAGGCUUUUUUUUUUCUUGUUUCCCUAUCUAGACUUGACAAUAUGUUUGAUAUUGAGCAUUCUUGAAAUGUAAUUCUGCCCAGUUCUUUUUCUUUCUUUUUUUUUAGAACGUAUUCACAAGUUUUAAUUUUCAAAGCUGAACACAUUCCUAAUGUUGAUUGUAUGUAUGUUCAGUACAUAACUUUUUUUUGUCAAUGGAGAGGAGAGGGCACUGUAUGGCUGUAACUUUUGUACUAUGUGAUGAUAAAGCCAGGACCUAUUGUACCAUCAUAGUUAAAUUUUCUGGUCAUUCAUUCAUUCAUUUUUUUUAAUUUUUUUUUGGUGUAGAAGUUUUAUGACUUUGUUUUUCACUCCUUUUGAUUGCUUGUAUACCCCUGCUGCCAUGGGGAUUCUAUUUCUUUUUCAAGGGCUAAAAAAUAUGAUGAGCUCCUAUUGAUUGAGUUUCAAAUGGUAGACUAGGCUUGUAUAGUAGGGGGUGACUUUCAACUUGCUGGGCCCUGCACCAACUGGUUCUAUUGUAAUAUUAGCCCCUUUUGAGAGGUUUGUUUCUUGUGUAAUAUCAUUUCUAAUUAUUUGCUUGUAAAUUAACUUUUUGCUACAUAUUUUUAUUUUGGAAAUGUAUGUUCAAUUUAACACACACAUUCAAAAGAACUAGUUUGUGGACAAAUACUGAAUGAUAAGCAGAUAUAUUAAAUUAUAUACAUGAACUCCAUUUUGAGAUAUUUUGUUUCCCUGUGUUUGGCUAUUGAGUUCCCUCCCCUACCAUCAUUAUUCUUGACAUUUCAAUUGUGAUAGUGAAGUGCUUUGGUCUGAACAUAAAGUUUAUUGGAUUUUUUUUUGUUGUUUUGCCUUGUUAUUGAAAGCUGAGGCUUAUAGUUCUUGGUAUAAAAUCACUCUGUACAUCUAGGGUAAGAAUUGCCAACACUUCAAUUUAUCCUUCCCAAAUAGAGUUGGUUUAAUUUAUUUUCUCCCAAGACUUUCUGAUUGAAAUACUCUGGUCCCCAGGGAGGGAGAGGGAGUUUCAUGAGCCAUUGUAUUGUAUUUAUUGGUCAAGUAUUUUUGUUCUGUUUCCCUUCCCUGUCCAAACCUCUAUAGAAAUGUUACAAUGUGAUGUGCUGGGUGAAAUUUUGUUCAAACAUUGGCAAGCUUGUAAGUUAUGAAACAAAAUGAUGAUUGAACAAAAUGACUUCUUUCACAUUGGUGUGACUGUAUGAUGUAACCGAUGGUUUAACAAUUAUUAAAUAUACCAAAUAUAGAAACU